AACAUGGACGUCGACAUCCAUGGUGAAGUACUAAACUUAGUGACACAGGCGUCAUUAGUCCUUCCAAAAAAAAAACGAAAUGUAUUGACUAUAGUGAUCAGGGUAGUCGCUUGAUAUAGAAGUAGUAAAGUAUUAUAAAACGAAAUUAAGAGAAAAAUAUAACAGACAAAAAAAAAAUUUUAAUUCACAGGUGAAAAUUGGCAAGGUGAUAAGGAGAAAACCACUGAAAACUACUGUAAUUCAUAGCAAAAAUAUACAAACUAUAGAGAGAAAUCGCUGUUCCAAUCUCGACUUUACUUCCUAACAACUCUUAUCUGAAAAUUCAUUAUCAUACACACAAAAAAAUUAGAGGAAGCUGCAACAGUAGUUAUUGAACGAUGGCAGAAAGUAAGACCUGGUCAAACACAGCAAGUGGCAGCUACACGCAACAUAGAGAUUCCAUGAUAUGGACAUCUACAAGUAAGAAAACCAACUCUAUCACAAGUUGCUGCAGCAAAGACAGUAGUAGUAGUGAUGAAGAAGACCAAGAAGAAAUUCAACGACUUAGAGAAGCUGCCAUUUCAGUAGAGCUACAUACCGAAGACGACAGUAACGCAACAACCCACAACCAGAAUAAUAAUGGACAAGCAAAACAGCCAUCUUUAAGAGGGAAUCAGACUGACCAGACAGAUUAUAACCAGUUACAGACCACUCCAAGUUUUCAAAAACAUGUUGCCAAAAAACUUUCACAGAUCUUAGAUCAGGAACUAGAAUUUUCUGAAUGCUAUUCUGCACCUGAUGACCUUCAUACCCUCAGUGACUCAGGGAUUAAAUUGUUAUCCACAUCAAAAGACUAUGUCAACCUGAAUGAAGCAAUUUCUGUGAAAAAACGUCCACUCAAAAAAUCCCAUGACAGAAGUAGCAGCAGUAAUACUGACAGCAGUGAUGAAGAUGCCAAAUUUGCAGAAGCUGCCAUAUCAUAUGAUGCUAUCAAACUGAAGGAUCAACUUCUGUCAGCAUUUGAUGCAUCAAUACAAAAAGCUGGAGAAUCACUACCAAAAGUGGAGGACAAUACUUGCAAUGAUUCCAAAACAAAACAAAAGAAAAAGAAAAAGAAAGUGAAAAAGGGGAAAGACUGACAGAAAAUAUUGCCAUGCUGAAAUCCACAAUGGUGUAAGAUGUUUAUAUACUUGAACAAUCUGCAAUAAUUUCUAAUGUGAUAUUUUUAUACAUCUAUGUACAAUGUCAAAGAGGAAUAAAAUUCCCAACAUUUACACACAAAAUUGUUAUUAUGAAGUUGGUAAUAGGGAGGUAAAGCAUCGGUAAGCUGCCUUGUCGUUUUCAAUCAUGUCAGUUUAUGUUCUGAGUACAAAUUUUGUCAGGGUAGGACUAUUACCCAAUUUGAAGUUUUUUUCAAUUGCAAUAAAACAGUGUUUUCUCUAC